UCUGGGGUGGCGGAUCUUCAGGUGAUCCCAUACUUUUAAUGAAGUAAACUUUUUUCUGCAUUUUUUAUAUCCACUCAGUUUUUAAUGCGUUCAUGUUGUUAGGUUAGGUUAGGCUAACCUAACCAAGUGAGAGAGUCUGGGGUGGCGGAUCUUCAGGUGAUCCCUGUGGGGUGGCGGAUCUUCAGGUGAUCCUCUGUUAUAUAUCGUUCCCAAGUAAAUUUUGUACGGUGUGGAUACUUUUUCCUUGUAGAUAACAAGCCAGAGUACGGUGUAGAUAUUUUCCGUGUGGGUAGCCAGCCUAAGUAGCGCCGCAAAGACAUCCAAGCGGAUUAGGGCACAGCCAGUGUAGAGUUAUAUGGAACAUGUUGCCUGAGGUUGUUGUAUCGUAUGCCGAAGUCUGUAAGCACAUGCUCAAGUGCAGUGGGAGUACAUCAUUCAUGAUGUAACGCCUCAGAACUAGACAUCACUUUAAAUAUGCAAGUCUGUCCACGAUAAUCACCCCCGCCAUAUUCUAUAUGAAUUCCAGAAUCACUAAACAAAUACAACAAGAAGAUAAAAAAAUACAAGAUAUUUUGAUCAAUAUUAACAAGCACUGAAACAUCAGAAUACCAAAAAAUAAAUAAAUAAAUUGAUAAAUAAAUAACUAGGCUCGUACUCUUAAGAUGGCGUCGUCCCCCUGGCGGCCAGCGGAGGAAACUCAUUCAAAAACAAAGCAUGGCGCCGAGGAGGAGACACCGCAGCGACUCUCCCAAAACUCCGGACAAUUUCGAGUACCUUAGGAGCCUCGGUGAAUUCAAAAAGACCAUCAGGCGCCGAGACACACUCAAGUCCUUCAAAUCCAGCAAGGUGCCAGGCAGAGUCCAGCCUGCACGCCCUGCUCACCGCCAACCAAUCUUGUCGUGUCCGGCUUCACCGAGGGUCCCUGCAGGACUGGCCGUGGCGUGUGCUGGCGGGAGUGGUGCUGCAGUGGAGGCCGUGGGGCGGGGCGGCAGCAUGAGUGGCCGGCAGGAGCAGCAGCAGCAGCAGUCAGCCUCAAGUGUGGGGAGGAGAAGGCGUGGUGGUAAGAAUCACCUGGAGACAGGCAGCUCUGUCCACAGAGGAGAGAGCAAGUUUGAGUGCCAGCAGUGUGACAGAACUUUUGUAUCUAGAGGUGGCCUGAAGUACCACUCUCUGACACACAGUGGUGUUAGAAAUUAUGAGUGUGAUGACUGUGGGAAGAAAUUUGCCCAAAAAUCUAACCUCACCACACACACCCUGACACACAGUGGUGUUAGAAAUUAUGAGUGUGAUGAGUGUGGGAAGAAAUUUACCCUAAAAUCGAACCUCACCACACACACCCUGACACACAGUGGUGUUAGAAAUUAUGAGUGUGAUGAGUGUGGGAAGAAAUUUACCCAAAAAUCUAACCUCACCACACACACCCUGACACACAGUGGUGUUAGAAAUUAUGAGUGUGAUGAGUGUGGCAAGAGAUUUACCCACAAGUCUUCCCUCACCGCACACACCCUGACACAUAGUGGUGUUAGAAAUUAUGAGUGUGAUGACUGUGGCAAGAAAUUUGUCCACAAGUCUUCCCUCACCGCACACACCCUGACACACAGUGGUGUUAGAAAUUAUGAGUGUGAUGACUGUGGGAAGAAAUUUACCCACAAGUCUUCCCUCACCGCACACACCCUGAUACACAGUGGUGUUAGAAAUUAUGAGUGUGAUGAGUGUGGCAAGAGAUUUGUCCACAAGUCUUCCCUCACCGCACACACCCUGACACACAGUGGUGUUAGAAAUUAUGAGUGUGAUGAGUGUGGCAAGAGAUUUCCUACAAUUUCUCGUCUGAAUGGUCACGCCUUCAGACACUCUGGGGUGAGGGAGUUUGAGUGUGAUGUUUGUGGCAAGUGGUUCAAGACAAAGGGUGAGAUUGCAGUGCACAUGAGGGUACACUUCCGAGGUGGUGUCUUGUAAUGCUACAGUUUAUACAAGUGUGUUUUAUCAUUUUUUUUAUUUACUUUUCUCACUAAGGAUUGCUUUUUUGUUGUGUUGAGGGAGCAGCAAGAGUUUGGAGGAUCAGACAAACAACAAGAGAUUCAACAAUUUGGCUUGUCUUCUAAUGUUAUAGUGUAAGCCAGUCUCUAUUUUGUCAUUUUCAGUUUGUGUUAAUACUUUUCCUUCAACAUACCUGCCUUCUCCCUCCCCUGUGACACCCUCUUCCCCAUCCCCCUCUCUUUAUAGCUCUACAUUUACAACAGCUGUGUGACCGCUGGUGUCUGGCUCGCUUGCCUCUGAACAGAAGCUGUGCAUAAUUACCUGAGAAACUGGAGUGUAAAUGAAAUGAUUAAUGUUGAAAGGUAUAAAGAGAGGGAAAAGAUUAAAAGACGUUAAGGAAAAUGAAAUGAUUAAUUGUGAGGAGUAUAAAGUGAGGGAAGAGAUGAAAAGAAGCUAGGAAAGAAAUUAAUUGUCAAAAGUGUAAAGAGAGAGAAAAGAUGAAAAAAAAAAAAGUUAAGAAAAAUGAUAUGAUUAUUUGUCAGAAGUAUAAAGACAGGGAAAAAUGUGUUAGUUAAUGAAGAAAAGUUAAAUAGUGAAAACAUUGUCAAAAAUAGAGAAACAAAAGGCAAAAUAAAUAGAUGAAUAAAAAUUAAACAGUGAAAAUGGUGCCCCCCCAAAAAAAAAAAAAAGAAAAA